UUUGAUGCCAAUGACAGAGUCUGCUGUGUCCAAGUCGGCCCCAGUGGGAACGGCAAAGUGUAGUUGGAUAGUCCAUCCCCAAAAUCCUGCACUGGUAAUAGGAUUCGGACCCAAGUCAGCCCACAUAAUCGACUGAAACCUGUUCUAACAUGGGACAUAAAACAUCAGUUACAUGAGUGGUCAUGAUGUUGAUAUCCCAAACUCGAUUGCCGCAACCGUUUCUCCGUCCCAGACACAUGCACUUGAGCGCGUCUUGGUGACGCACGAUAGAAAGCGCAUACUUAUUCAGCUGGCUGCCGCGCAAGAAGGUGCUGGAGAAAAGAUCCUUUUGUUCCUAGAAGCCAGUCCUUUCUUUUUAAGUGCUGCAACGCAGCAGACUACCUCUGCAGCAACCGUGAGGGGCGAGCCAAAGGUCAUCAGCCCCAAUGUUCUUGACACGGCCGUCUCUUCGCAGAUCUCCCUGGUGCGGGGAUUCUCGCCGAGCAACGCCUGGUGCAUUUAUCCAGGUCAUUUCAGGUGUGUAUUUGGAAUAUGUCGCCGGUACUCCGAAGUUGAAAUUGCCUCACGCAGCAGAUGGAUGGUGCGCCAGUCAAGAGCCCACGGUGCCUGGAUCAGAGAUCUUCUCCCUACCAGGAGACUGGAUAGGUAGAGAGUGCGCUCGGCUAUGUUGCAUGUGGCCAAAUGAGAGGGCCAUCCUGUGUCCGCGCAAUGGAGAAGUUUGCGUCAUCCGGAGCACAACGGUGAUCCGGACUCGGGGAUUUUCUGCCAUUUGUUAAUAUUUUCUGGGAGCAGAUGUGCACAUCUUGUCUAGCACAAGACCAAAGACCAGGGUUUGUACAUAUAGUCGAUGGCACUGCUGUUAUGUAUAAUCAUGCGACA